UGGGGCAGGAGAGAGUUUUGUACUUUAUGCGCCAGGGGGGUCCACAAAGGAGAUCACAUCGACAGUAGAAGAAGGGAGGGGAAAUAUCUAAAGCAGUGGAAAGACUUUAAGUUGAUUUAUUAGAGAUCCUUCUGUUCAGCUGCAACCACUGAGAGGACAAGACAGAGGGAAGGAGGAGGGGAAAGAUAAGUGUCAAUCUGUUCAGACUUGUUUGGGAAUUUGAGGAAGGAGGGGAGAGACAGAGAGAGGCAGCAAGAGGGAAAAGUAAGGAGAGCUCAGGCGUAAACAUUAAGUGUUUCACAAGAGUUAAAGUACUGAGAGGAAAAAGGUAGUUUUGAUGAGUUUGAAAACAAGGAGCAUAACAUUUGUAUCGUCACCUGAACAAUGCGAGUUGUAAAUGAUUGUGUGUUGUGCAAUCCUAUGCUUUUGAGCUGAACUGGACCCUAAGGGGAGACCUCAGAUCUCCCCAGGAUACUACAUUCAGGUUCUCCAAAUAAGAAAAUGGGGACUAAAAGGCCAAGCUGUACGCUCUUUGACACUUUAACUAACAUCAACACAUCUGAACGCAAGCUUCAGCCAGGUGGAAGAAUCUCCCAGGAUCCAAGCCCAAGGCCAGCAAUGACUGCCCAGUCGGAGCGAGAGAGAGACAGCAACCGGGAGGAAGACAGGAGGAGGGAGCGAGAGGCAGAGAAAAUGAGGGACAAAACAAGAUACAAAAGUAUGGAUCCAUGGGAUAGAUACUCUGAAAGAGACAGAGCUCCUGCACCAAGGCCAAGAGAGGGAGAAAAAGAGAGGACAGAAAGAGUGAGGAGGCAGGAAGACGACAGAAGGAGAAAUGGGAGGCCACUAUCUAGUGUAGAGAAGGAGAGUUUGAGAGAGCUAGAAAGGGGGACGAAGAAAGGCGACACAUUUCCCAGGAUAAGAAAAAGCAGCCCAGAUCGCGGCAGAGGAAUAGCACCCACCAGGGAGUUGGACAAAGAGAGGGAGGAAAGAAGACAGAGAGAUGGGCCGAGGAGAGAGCCAGAUGACUGGGAGAGAGAAAGAGAUAGGACAUGGCAGAGAGAGAGGUACAGGGAGAAGGAAAGAGAUGAGAUCCGAAGCAGGGGAAAGGAAGAGGGAACAAAUAGAACUGUAGGAAGACCUAUAGAAGAUGAUAGAUCACGAAAGAUGGAAAGAUAUCUGGAGCCUGAUGCAGUUUUUCAAGACAGGAGAAGAGAAGGGGAUAAUUCACGUGACAGAAGAGAGAGGGAUGCAGCUAGGAAAAGGGAAAAGCUAGAGCCUAACAAGGGAGGGAGGGAGGUCAGGGUGCCUUCUGCGCACGGAAGAAGAGAGAGAGAAAUGUACUCUGAUAGGGGAGAGGGAAGGAGGGAUACUAGGAGUGAAGGAGACAGUGAUGAGAUAGAGCGAAAGAGGGAAAGAGUUAGGAUCAAACACAGACAGGAGUUGACAUAUCACCACAGCAAAAGUGAGGGGGACAACAAGGGCAAAACACAGAGGGAUAAAGAUCGAGACAAGCAAGGAUACAGGGAUGAGGACAGGAAUAGAUACAGGGACCGAGAAGCGUAUCGAACCAGGAGGAAGGGAGGGGAGAAAGAUACAGAGAGAUACAGAGAGGCUGACAGGAGAGUGGACAGGGAGGGAGACAGAGGGAAAGAAAGUGUGAGAGACUUGAAGGAUGACAGGAGGGAGGAGGACAGAUACAGAGAUCGUGGCAGGGAAACAAAGGAAAGAGAGGCUGAUCCAAGCCGGGAUGAUAUGACAGGCAGUAGAAGCAUAUCCCAAAACGAGACGGCCCCUCGGGUGCCCCCACGAGCCCAGAGCAGCGGGGAGUGGAGCAGCGACAUGGACAGUGACAUAAGAUACAGGAGAGGCAGAGACAAAGACAGUUUUGAGGAGUCAGGUAAAGAGAGUGACAGAGAUGCAGAAGACCAGAGAAAUCCAGGUGCUGAAAGAAAUCAAAGCAGGCAAACAAGAAGUGAGGGACAAGAGAGAGACAGGGGAGAAAUGACAGGGCAGAGAAGGAUGUGGUUAGAGCCACAGAGGGACAAGAAUAGGAAGGAUGAGUUAGUGGACAGACAAAGGGGGAAAGAGAGGAGGAGAUAUGAAGAUGGAAGUUUGGAGUCACAGGCUGAGUGGGAAAGAGAGGGACGGCGAGUAACAGAGGAACCAUAUGACAAAUACUUGCCCGAAAGCAGUAAUAGAGGAAGGCGUGAAGGGAGGAAUAGGAGCAAGGGGGACACAGGGAGUGAGGGUGUUAGUGUAGAUGGAGAGGACAUGAGUGAAGUCUGGAGAGAAAGAGAUGAGGGAGGGAUGUCUAACAAUGAUAGAGGGAAAGAAGGAAGACAGAGAAGGGACGCAGAAGGAGAGAGUGUGACGCUUAACACAGAAGAGAGUGACAGAGAAGAAGAUGGGGGGAGACAUUAUAGGGCCCAAAAAGAUUAUGAGACAGGGUGGAGUGGAGAGAGAGACAGAGUACAGUCAGGAGAGGAUGGCUUUGUGACCUUGUCCAGCGGCGGAGAUGACGAGGAUGAGAGAGAGGAAGACGAAGAAGAGGAGUUUGAGGACUGUCGGGAGUUCUUGGAAAGUUCACAUGAUGGCAUCAAGUUGCGUGAGGGGGAAGAGAAGAGGGGAUUGACAAUGGGAAAGGAGGAGGGGGUGGAUGAAGAGGAGGAGAAGAAGCCAAAGUAUGUUUUCUGUGUGAUUGGGCAAACUUUGCCCAGGUCAGACACCAGCAAGAUGUCACCGUCACAAGAUGAUCACAUGGGAGGACAGGAAAGACACAACCCAAAUAUGGAGAGUUGUGAUGAAGCCACACAGGAUGAUGGCUUGCGUCCGAUUAGAAAUUAUGAAAAACCAGUCAUCAACAACCAGGAAGCAAACAGGAAGAGUGAAUGUGACAUGCCAGGGAAGGAAAGGCCAGCCUCAGAAGACACAAAUGAAGUGAAUGUCCGAUACAGAGAGGCUGGAGGGGAGACGAGGAGCAAAGGGGAGCACCCGUAUGCAGAAAUAGGAGCCAUAAGAAGAGAAUCGCAGACUGAAAAACUCCUCCAAGAGUGGAGAAAUAAAAAUAAAGAAGGGGUGGAAGAAGAGCAGGAGCUAGAUUUGCAGCUCCCCAGCAAUCCCUACAGUGAGGUUGGUUCCCAAGUGAACUUUAAACAAAUUCAACCUAUCUUGGAUGGGAUUAACACCGAAGCAAUGAGUCCAGAAGAGGUGGAGGCCAUUAGGAUCCGAAUGAGCGGGGCAUGGAGCAUGUCCGAGGAGCCCAAGCGACAUUCCCAAGCCCCCCAUCUUAAAUGGGCUAAAAAUGUGUUGUGGGAGAUCCUGGGACACUCGGAGGAACAUAUCAUUGAUGAAGCUAAUCUUGGACAACCAGGGGUCAACCAGCUGGAGACCGCCAACAAGAACAUGAAACAACAUGAGGAGGUUGUACAAGGGACUGUGCGCGUGCCUGUUCUCCAGUUGAGUAAGGAACAACACUCAGAGCCAGAGCUGGAGGAGGAGGAACCAGUGGGGGUGGAGGAGUUGAGAGGUAUGAUGCAAGGCCAAGCCGACAUGCAUGCUGACCAGUUCACUUCUAUGCAUGGUGACACAACUGCAUACACUCAUGAUGACACAGUGUUAGACGCAGAAGGGAAGGUUGAUCUAAGCAUGGACAUAGUAACUGAACCGUCUGAUCACAUUCAGUCAGAAAAGGCAGCAGUAGAGGUGAUAAUUAGUAAAGAGACAGGGGAUAACGUUAUCCCAUGUGAUAUGGAAAGAACAAGCCGAGAUAAGGAGGUGGAGAUGUAUUUAACUGUGAGCAACACGCUGUACAAGCCUAACAGCUGCCCUAUUCUUAAUUAUGAUAGUGAGUCUGACCUCCUGGAUCUCUCCAGAGAGGGGGAAGACAGAAUGGGAGAAAAGAGGGAAAGUGAAGAAGAAAGGCAGGGAGAGGAUCUUGAAGAGAGUGCUACUGUAGAGGAGGUGGGAGAGGAAACUGAGGGGGAUAGUGAAAAAGGAGAGGUGGUGGCAGAGCCAACGAAAGUAGGGGGGACUGUGCUGAGCAGCUGCAGUUUUCGGGAUUUGGGUCCCGAGGCUCGAAUGAGAAGAAGGGGAAUCCGUAAAACCACUGAAAGAAGAAAUGAAGAGAAUGGAAGGGAUCGCAGAACCAGAAUAUUCUCUACAACAGAUGAUGAGGAUGAUCGAAGCAAAAGCUGGGGAGAAGUAGAGCUGAGAAAUGUUUUGGACACAAUCGACAGACGGAAAAGGAAUUCAAAGUUUUUCAAUGCUGCCCAGUUAUACCAGCAGUACAAUGAAGCGGCCCAGAACAUUGAGAUCCUGCGUCAGGCUGGCUCCAAUGUCAUCUCAGUGUGCGAGGACAUUCCGCGGUCUCCUGUUCCUUCACCCCCUCCUGCCCGCAGACCUCUUCCGCCCAUACCUCCUGUUCCACAUCCCCACUCCUUGUCCCACUCAAACUCCAUCACCAGUGUCAAAAGCUUGCCUCUCCCUGAGCCUCCAAAGCAUGAAGGCAGGCCUUCCUCCCCACGUCUCUCCAUCUCUCUCACACAGUCGGCCUCUCUGUGGCGUGAGCUGCCGGGCGUCAGGAACAGUGUUGAGCUGGUGGAGCUCACAGAUGACCAGAGGCGACUGCAGGAGGUGAGAUUUGAGGUGGUGACCUCAGAGGCCUCGUACUGCCGGAGCUUGGACAUUGUUGUUGAACAUUUUGUCAAGUCCAAACAGUUAGGGGCGCUGUUAGCAAGUCAGGAUAGGAAUUGGCUCUUCUCCCGGCUCGCUGAUGUUCGGGCCAUCAGCCACAGUUUUUUAGCAAAGCUGGAGGAGCGUGUUGAAUCCGAUACCUUUCACUUCACGGUGUGUGAUAUCAUCGCCUGGCACUGUCAGCGCUUCAAAUUGGUUUAUGUGCCCUACCUCACCAACCAGUCCUAUCAGGACGCCACCUACCAGAGACUCAUGGAGGAGAAUCCAGGGUUCAGACGGAUAGUGGAAAAAUUAGAGAGGAGUCCUGUUUGCCAGAGGCUCCCUCUUCGUUCCUUCCUCGUCCUCCCCUUCCAGAGGAUCAUAAGAAUUAGGCUGCUGGUCCAGAACAUCGUGAAGAGAACAACUCCUGGCACUGCAGAGGCAACUCAGGCAAUCAAAGCUUUGAAACUUCUGGAGAAGCUGAUUCAAGAAAGUAACGACAGCAUCACUCAGAUGAAAAGCAUUGAGUCUCUGGUCUCUCUCAGUGCUAAAGUGGGCUUUGAGUGCAGGACUCUUCCUCUGAUCAGUCAGUCUCGGAGGAUGGUGCGUGAAGGUCUGGUCACUGAACUGAUGGAUUUCUCUCUAAAGGAUACAGAGAGGAAUAUUUAUUUGCACCUAUUCAAUGACUAUUUGCUGAUUUCCCUUCAAAAAGAAGGUGGAAGGUUCACAGUUAUAGACCACUCUCCCGUAUCUGACCUGCGUGCUGAGAACUGUCGUGUCAAACUGCACACCCUCCAGAAGAACCUGUUCCGGCUGCAUAUGACUAACAGAGCCCUUCUGCUGCGGACAGACAAAGAGAGUGAUAAGCUACGUUGGAUAUCUGCUCUCUCCCGGCCUCAUCCUGAAAUAGAUUUUUCUGCCGCAGAAGAUUUUACACAGAUGCAGUGUAUCCGGGCCAUUGUUGGCCAUCAGCCUGAUGAGCUUUCGUUGGAAAAAGCUGACAUCAUUCUAGUGCACCAACAAAGCAGCGACCAUUGGGUAGAGGGGACCAGACUGUCCGAUCGGCAUCGUGGAUGGGUGCCAGAUUCACAUUUGGAAACCAUAACUAACUCUAAAGUCCGGCAACGCAACCUUUCAGAUGCCAUCAAACUGACAACAGCCACAGCUGAAGUUUGAACAGGACACUCAAACUGGACAAGGGGACGCCCUGGAAUACAACAAAAAGGAGAAGACUUUGAGUAGUUGGAAAUCUUUUGACACUCAGUGCUCAUGAUGGGGAUUUCUGUCAUUGUAAUUUUUUUUGCAAAAGUGCAGCAACUGAAAUGCUGUAGGAUGCAUCGCAAUACGAUUUUGGGUUAAGAGGCCUGCCUGAAAGACAUUUAGCACAUGUAGCUGUGUUGACUUAACUACAGCACAUUACAGAAAAGUGUGUGUGCUGCAAUACAUCAAUAGACCAGUGUUUUAAGAAAAAAAACGUUGAAAGGGAAAUCACCUUUUUCAAAGAAAUGCUGUGUUUGAAAAUCUAUUAUUAUAUGUGUAUAUUGAAGAGAACAAAGAGUUGAGUGUAUGUUGCAUGUCUGUUUAGAAAGUUGGCCUCUGCAUGCAGGUGAGCUAACAGAAAUCAUGCAAAAAUAUAUGAGACGAUUCCAAGAUGUACAGAGCAAACACGGUGAAAACAUUUCAUAAAAAUACAGAUUGUUUGAAUAAAAUCACUUAUGGAAAUGUA